AUUUCCCAUGGCCCACUGCAGCACACAAGCACGGUUGCUGCGGCGACGGCAGUACAAAACGCUGCUCAGCACCGCCUGGUACUUGCCUUCCUGGGUCGGCCCCGAAUACCAGAAUGUGGCGCACUCAGACGACGCAUGCGUGUAUAAAGCCCUACCUCGUGGUUCUCGGGUUCUGCAUUAUACUCACUCCUGCGACUCCUACGCGACUUCAGAAUGGCCGAGCCGGGCUCCACUCACAUUCUACAGGUGAUCCAUGAGAUCAAAGACUCCGUCGAAAGACCUCACCGUCGUCGAUGGCUGGAAAACAUCGGAUACGAAGACGGCAGCCGCGCCAGGACGCGCCGCUACGUAGACGGAGCUGUCAAGAUCAUGGACCUCUUGCGACCUGAAGUCUCAUCCGGAGACAUCAGGUCGUACGAACAUCUGUACGACGAGUUCUGCGAGCUACCAGACACAUGGAUCGGCGCACGCCUGAAUGCGGCUAAGAGAUUAUGGGAAUACGUGGGGUCUUUAGAUGAACGGACGUCUCACGAAAGAGUAACUUCGGUACCUUACGAACCAUACCACGAGGAUACUCCACACUCCUCUCGUCGCACCUUUGGAGACUCC